UCCCGAAAGCAAGAUGGCUGCGUGUUUCUGUUGUUUUCGUUGUUGUUGGCCAGGAUCGGGCUUUGGGCAGGGACACAUCAAAUUACAGGAGCUUCCGAUAGUGAAAUUGGACACAACACAUAUGGGAAAUGAUGUUGUGAUUGUGAAGAGUGGGAAGAGGAUAUGUGGAACCGGAGCAGCGCUUGCCAAUGCACCAAUCGUACAGAAUAAAGCAUAUUUUGAAAUCAAAAUACAGAGCUCAGGUGUGUGGGGUGUGGGCUUGGCCACGCGGAAAUGUAACAUCAAUGUGGUUCCCCUGGGAGACACCCCUGACUCGUGGAUACUGAGGCAUGAUGGGACAUUGUACCACAACAAUGAGGAGUUCGGCAAGGUGCCGCAGAUAGCGCAGGAAGGAGACAUCGUGGGUAUCACAUACAACCACAUUGAGAUGAACUUCUACAUCAACGGGGAUGCUGUCAAUGUCCCAUUCACAGGCAUCCGCGGCACAACGUACCCAGUGUUCUAUGUCGACGAUGGUGCAGUCUUAGAUGUCCAGUUUGAGAAGUUCUACCACCAACCACCAGAGGGCUAUGACAGCAUCAUGAUAGAGCAAUCUCUGCUCUGAUUGGUCAGUGUGAUGACUACUUGUCUGUGAUUGGCUGAGAGAGAAACUGUGUUUGCUGCUAUGGCAACCUUCGCUAUGGUUACCACAUGUGUUGAUGGGAGGAAAAGGAAUCUGUUUGUCUGGGACAACACCAGGAAACGAUGAAAACGGCACAGGGAGACCGAUUGACUUAGAGAAAGGAAAGCCAGGCUGGCAACAAUCUCUAAAAUAUCUGCAACUGCCAACUUCCACUUUACGGUACCAAGACAUUAAAGAUCAUUUCCAUAAUAACGGUUUCCGACAAUGUGACUGAAAUAUAAACACAACUAUAUGUGAACUUAUUUCUUUAUAAAUUUAUUGAUAUUAUUCAUAUUACUAUUUAUCUCAUUCCUCAGCUAUAGUUCUUUUGAUAUGUACUACUCAAAAAUUGUUGAAAAAUGACAGAUUAUGUGUUGUUACUUGAGAGUAAAGUCUUACGUCCUUGGAGUAGUAUGUUUGAAAAAUGUUUUUUAACUUCUGGGGUGAAAGGCAAUCCUGUUAUUAUCAUGUUUACUCAGUAAACGAAUUACAGUGAAACUUUGUGACAUCAUUAAGAACAUCCGACUCUCUACAUCCCUUACUGUUAUUGUAAAAUCUAGUGUGUUGUCUGAAGUUAUAGGUAAGAGUUCAUUAUGUGAUAACCCUAGGGCUGGCUAUUGAUGUAGCUCAUAGAGAUUGGUAAGGGGUAACUAAAUAUCAAUCAAUUAUCAAUAAAAAUCAGGGACGUAAUUUUGAGUGAAAAUGCAAAAAUUGUCUGAAAGACUUGAAUAUAUUCCACGUCACUGGUGAAUGGCGCCAUGUUUUGGCAUGGAUUUGCAAAACAGCAUCCAGAAUAUACAUGUAGUUUAGAAACAGGCCAUGAAUAAAGUCUUAAAUUUGUAUAUUGUGUCAGAAAAUUCAAACUUUUUUCCUGUCACAAAAACUAAUGUACGAUAUUAUCGAUAACACAGUUUUCAUAUCGAUAGUCAUUAAUAAUAAUUCCUUACGAUGAUACAUGUAUUUCUGAUUAUCAAUCGUUUUUAUCCAGCCUUAGAUUUACCCCCAUAGUCCUUUGUGGUCACUGCUAAUACAUUGUUACGAUUUAUGGGGAUGCAUACGAACAUACUUGAGUGGUGUGAGGGUUUUCGAUCUGUUCAACUGUCAAGGACAUUUUGGAUGACAAUCAGUCAAUGUCCAAGCGAUAUUUUUCAAAUUAGGACAUUGUCCUGUUAUUGUUUGGUAAAAUCUUAAUAAACGUCCUAUUGCCAUUUGUCUGUAGAAUAAUGACUUGAUAUAUGAAACUACUGAUGCUGAAACUCACCUUCAUUUGAAAGUUAAGUUACAGUAAAUAACAGCACCACACUUGUCUCUCCCUGCUCUCGUCCUCCUCCUCCUCCCCCCUCCCCCACCAGUUUUUUUUUAGUCAGAGAUAUGUCAGAUUUGAAAAGAAGUAACUUUAUGUAAAAGAAAAAUAUGGACUUUUCCAUAAUUGACAUGUCCAGCUUUUAAAUGGACUUUCACUGUAUCCAUGGUAACUAACUAUAUUUACUGCAUAACCAAACAAAUAUCUGCUAAUUGUAAUCCAACUACAUCCAUAUUCUGGAUUUAGUCUCUAUAUAUCCGUUGUGUUGGUUUAUUAAGUGUUUUAACUGCAAUGAAUUGUGAGUUUCAUGUUGCUUGUACCUUGUAACUUAGUGUCACGUAUGUUGGUUUAUUAUCCAAAGUCUGAGAAGAAAAUAUUGAAGUCAAACUUACACGCUCUCGUUUCUUGUGAACUGCAUUUGAAUAAGACUAACCAAAUAUGUUCAUAUGUUUACAGAAGAUUGUACUUUAUUGUAAAAGCAUGAUACACACCAUUUGAGGAAGUUUUAUACAGUGGAAAAACAUUAUGAGAUAGGCUUCAUAGAAAUAAAGAUGUUAAAAAAAUAUUGUCAAUAUCAUUUAUCAUAAUCACUCUUGAAAACAUUUUUCUUUCACUUUUAAUGCCAGACCAAUGUAUUUUCUUUAUAAUUUACAUUUACAUUCGUAUUUCUGCUAAAUUGUUCAGUCAAUGAUUAGUAGUGAUUUUCUUGCAUAGUUAAUAUAGAGUUAUGUCCCUUCCAUAACAGAUAGCUAUUUCAUAAUUACCUCCCUUUGGCUUUUGAUAAUAAUUAUACUUCCAACAGACAAUGUCUUCAAAGAUGGCAAAUUCAUUAUUGUUUUUAGUUCCACCUCGUCCUAAAAUAGUUAUAUUGAUAAAAGUUCCAUGAUCCCAUUU